AAAUGAAUGAUACAAUGCAGUAUAACUUGUUUUUGUGGUAGUUGUUGUGCUUUUCUUCCAGCCUGCCAUCCAUGAACAGACCUGAAACUUACCAGUUAACCAUGGAGGUGUUCCCAUUCAAACACAUCAUUAGGAACAGUCAUGGGAUGUGGCGUCACAAAGUCCGAGUUCCACAAAGGCUCCAGAAAAGCGAUAAGAGCUGCCAUCCUGAUUCAGCGAUGGUACCGUCAGUAUGUGGCCCGCACAGAGAUGAGACGGAGGUACACCUGGCACAUCUUCCAGUCCAUCGAAUACUCCGGAGAACAGGCUCAGAUAAAGCUUUAUAACUUCCUCGGCUACCUGAUGGACAAUUUCACACCUGCGAGCAAUGAACGGAAUUUGAUCUCGCACAUUUUCAGGGAGAACGAGGUCUGUCGGGACGCGGAGUGGGAGAGGUACUUCUGCUACAGGAACAUCGAGGUGCCAGAGAUUUACUCAGGACCUCAUCUCACCUUCCCUCUGACGGUGGAGCAGGCGGUCGGCCUGGUGGAGGCCUUCAGGAACAAGAAACAGCUGCACUCACGCUACGUCCUCCAACUGCUGCUGGAGACGUGGAAACAAGUCCGGAUGUUGCCAAAUAUCAACCGCGUCUCAACCUGCCACAGCAAAGAAAUCACUAUUUGUGGUGAUUUGCACGGACAACUUGAAGACCUGCUGCUGGUUUUCUACAAGAAUGACAUGCCGUCCUUGGAGAAGCCCUACGUCUUUAACGGAGACUUUGUAGACCGAGGACGAGACUCCAUCGAGAUCCUCCUCAUCCUGUUUUCCUUCCUGCUCGUCUAUCCCAGUGAAGUCUACCUCAACAGAGGAAACCACGAGGACCAUAUAGUCAACCUGAGGUACGGCUUCACGAAGGAGGUGUUGACUAAAUACAAGAUGCACGGCAAACGGAUCCUGAAACUGCUGCAGAAGAUUUUCAGCUGGUUGCCGUUAGCAACGGUGAUUGACCAGAAGGUGCUGGUUCUCCAUGGAGGAAUCUCCGACACCACAGAUCUGAGCGUCCUCGCCAGAGUGGACAGACACAAUUACGUCUCAGCGCUGAGGCCCCCUAAGAAGAGACACAAGAGCGCAUCGGGGUUGUCCAUCGACUCGGACAUAGACGAGGACGUCUGGUCCAACAGGGGCCUCGGCCAGCGCCGGACCUCCCUGGCGUUUCCCAAAGCCUACGUCCGCAACAGCUUCCCGAACCGCUCGCUGCAGGACUUCUCCGAGCGGAUCAAAGUGAACAUGACGGACGACUUGGAACUCUGCAGGAGGAGACAGUCUGUGUUCAUCCCGGUCAUCACCAGGACAGAAAACGAGACGGACGUGUCCGCGUCCUCUGAGACAAUCAACAGUGUAAAUGUGGAGGACGAAUGGAAGCAGAUCCUGGAUCUGCUCUGGAGCGACCCGAUGAACCAGGACGGCUGCGUACCCAACGAGGUGCGGGGCGGCGGCUGCUACUGGGGCCCCGACGUCACCGAGGAGUUCCUGAACAGACACAACAUGCAGCUCAUCAUCCGCUCACACGAAUGUAAACAGGAAGGUUACGAGUUCUGUCAUAACCGGAAGGUUCUCACUCUGUUCUCCGCCUCGAAUUACUACGACGUGGGAAGCAACAGGGGGGCCUACGUGAAGCUGGGUCCAGACCUUGUGCCUUAUGUAAUUCAGUACCAGGCCAGCAGCAUGACCAGGGAGCUCACCGUGAGACAAAGUGUCGGGCGAACCGAGCGCUCCGCCCUCACCGUCCUGAGGGAGCAGCUGUUUUCGCACAAAUCCGACCUCGUGUGUGCCUUCAAAAAGUUCGACAGCGAGAACACAGGUCUAGUGAAUAUGAACGACUGGGCGUCUGCAGUGGAGAGUGUGAUGCACCUCAGCCUGCCCUGGAGGAUGCUGCGCUAUCAGCUCGUCACCGGCAAAUCCACCGAAGGUCUGAUCGACUACAACGAGUGGUUCAACGAGCUCGCCUUCAAAGGACCCAACACAGAUCACAUCGACCAGGGCCUGCUUGAGACUUUAUAUCGCCACCGCUCCACCUUGGAGACCAUCUUCAGAAUCGUAGACACGGACAACUCAGGUUUCAUCACCAUGGAGGACUUCCGGCAGACCUGGAAGCUGCUGAGCGUCUACCUAAAGAUGGAGAUCACGGACGACGCCAUCUCCGACCUGGCCGUCACCAUCGACAGCAACAAGGACGGCAGCAUCGACAUCGACGAGUUCAUGGAGGCCUUCCGCCUCACAGACAAGAAGAGCCGGCUGGAGCGCGGACGCAGCAUGUUUAUGGGGACGGCCGCCGACCUCACCAAGCUGGAGGGAGAUCCCAACAUAUGA